AGAAAAAGACUCCAAAGAGAAGAAAGACGUGUCCAAGGAGCCCUCUGAGGCCGCGGUGAGAGAAGAAGCAGAGCCCUUAAAGGAGGCCAAAAAAGAAAAGAAGGAGAAAAAGGAGUCAAAGAAGGACUCAAGCAAGGAGUCGAAAGAGCUCAAGGAGGAGGCGAAAAAGGAGUCCAAAAAGGAAUCUUCCAAGGAGAAGAAAGAGUCCAAGGAGAAGAAGGAGAAGGAAGGAAAGGAGGCUGGGAAGGAGUCAGGCGACAAAAAAGUGUCCAGGAAGUCGUCUGUGAAGGUUAAAGAAAAGAAGAAGGAGUCGGAGGCAGUGGAGGAUUGACGAAAUGAAGGUUCAGUUUUGUCAUAGUAACAAACUAAUCCCUUGGUGUUCUGCUCUGAAGGUUUGUAAGUAUUUGUUUUUCUACUUCUCCUGCUUUCUAACAGAAUAUUUUAAAUGAUUUUGAACCAAAUAUAACUUUUAAUUGGAGCAUAAAAUAAGUUCUGUUUCAGUUCCAGCAGCAAACAUUUAAAACUCCUUGUUUGUUAGAGUCUGACAGAAAUGUCAAGCUUAAGUUGUCAACUGUAAUUUUCGACUUUGAUGGAAGUUGAGUGGCUCCUAUUUGUUGUUGGAAACUUUUGGACAUUUUCAAAAUGUUGUGGUUUUCUUUUUGACAGAGAGAUGAUUCAAAAUCUCACUUUGAUGGGAAUCCAGUUUCCUUCCUCAGACUGCUCAAACUUUACUUAGUUUUUUCUAAAAGCUGAUGACCAGAUUAUGAUUUUCUUUCUAAGAUGUUUUCUUUUUGCCACAAAGCUACAAAAUUGACUGUAAAUAUGAUCUAUUUGUAAUUGAAUUCACAUUAAAUUAACCAAAUUAGACGAACAACAGUUGGGCUGUCGAGACAACUGCCUUCAACCUCACUGUUGGAAGACCCUCAGCCAUCAGGCGUUUGCAUCGGGCCUAAAGGCUGCAGGGAUGGGAUGACCCAGGACCUGCUGGAGAGACUACAACUCGUUUGGGAACGCCUCGGGAUUCUCCUGGAGGAAUUGGAAUAAAUGUCUCAGAAGAGGAAAGUCUGAAAUCCUUCUUUAGACUUCUGCCCCCUCAACCCGUGCCAAGAUGAGCUGAAGAAAAUGGUUAGAAAAAUGUAAUCGGCACUCACAUUUGUCCUUCACAUAAAGUGGAUCUUAUGCAACGCUUUAACUUUAA